UACAUCAUUUCUCUAUCUCUGUGUUUUUUAUUCAAACAGAAAAUAGUUGCUGUUGGUAUGGAGGAUCAGUUUCCUAAAAUGGAAACCUUUAUGCACACGGAAUUGGCAGCUCAUAGUAGUUUUCAUGGAAUGGCAACAGGAUCAAGGUAUUUUGGUGAUCCCACCAUUUGGGGUGCUCUAGCUGGGGCUACUUGUCAUGUCGAUGAUGGAAAUAAUGGCACGAAAUCGCCAUCACAAUCGUCACCCGAAAGAUUGUUUUCGAGUUCGGAAUCGAGUUCUUCGGCAGACGUUCUGGUUUCAGGUACCAAUUUAGUGGGUAACAUCCCUGGAUUUGGCAGACAGGAUUAUUCCAAACAAAAUCAUGAAAGUUGUUUUAUGUCAGGAUUGUAUUCUAUCAAUUCUCCUGGAGGUUCAAUAUCUGACCAUAUUGUCAAAGAAAGCUCCAUUAAUCCUGUGAAUUUCUCGGAAUAUUGUCCAGCACUAAAUAACCAAGCUCAAGUAUCUGAACCUCCCUCUCCAUCCUCCUUAUCAAACACAUCAAAAUUUCCAAAUUUGACCUUGUUUUUUCAGGAACCAGAAGCUUUCAUCCAAACAAGUUUUCAAACAACUUGGCAAGGAUCAAAGCCCAAACAAGCUGUCGGUCAGCUUGGCAAGGAUCAAAGAUGUGAGCCUAUGUCAUUAUUUCCAAACACUUCAUUCUCCAUGCCUCAACUAGGCCAAAUUCAUUUCCAACCAAGUAAUGAUUGGCUCAAAAUAAAUCAAACCAUGGCGAACUAUUCUAUUAAUGGAUUUAAUGACUAUUGGCUUAGAACUACGACCACACAGCCGAUGAAAUACACCGGUCGAAGAUUGCAGAACCAGCAUCAAAAGCUUUCAUUUUCAUCAGCUUCAACAUCGCCGGGAAAGCUGUUUAGAGGAGUGAGGCAAAGGCACUGGGGCAAAUGGGUUACAGAGAUUAGGUUACCGCGAAACCGGACGAGGGUUUGGUUAGGGACUUUCAACACAGCAGAAGAAGCUGCCAUUGCUUAUGACACGGCAGCUUACAUGUUACGAGGAGAUUAUGCGCAUUUGAAUUUCCCAGAUCUUAAGCAUCAACUUAAGGCCAAUUCAUUGAAUGGAACCACAGCUUCCCUUCUUGAAGCAAAGUUACAAUUAGCAAUAUCACAAGGCAACAAUAUUUCUGUUCAAAAGAAGCACAGUGAUGAUCUACCACCAACAUCACCAGAUAAGAUUAUACAUGACACGAAUGCUACAAAACCCAAAGGUUUGAGCCAAAACACAGCAAGAGAAGAGUUGCAAUUUGAGUUGGAAGGCAAAACUGGAUGUCACGAAGUGAUUCACGAGAACCAGAAAUGUCAAGAGUUUGUAGCAUCUGAUGCUGAAGCCGUCCAGUUAAGUAGAAUGCCUUCCCUGGACAUGGACAUGAUUUGGGAUUCUCUUCUAGUCUCUGAUUCAUGAACAUUUUGCCUUCUUUCUUUUCACAUUUAGUAUGAUGUGAAGAUUGUCUAGACAAGAAAUUUUGUUAAAAAAUUUCUUUCAUUGCCAGAUUUUAGGAUCUACAAUGCAAUCUUCUUAAAAUUUAUAUUUUGCUUAAAUAUUGAUGUUCUCUAUAGAAUGUUUAGUUUUCUUUUCCCUUAAUUAAUUUUAUUCCCCCAUUUCUCCA